AUGUCUGGCGCCGCAAAAAUGGGCAGCGUGAUCCUUCGGCUCAUCCAGCUGGCCUUUGCGACUAUCGUUAUGGCCCUCAUAGGCAACAUGAUCGAUGAUGCACUACAUGGAAGCUCGUCCGUGGUAAACUACAAUUUGUUUGUGCCGGCAUUCGUCCUCCUAUCGCUAUUAUACCUUAUCCCAGCGUCUCUUAGCGACAAGGUCAUGUUCCACCCAAUCUUGAUGCUUAUCAUCGACGGCCUGUGUUGCCUCUUCGCCUUUGCCGGAGCCAUUGCCCUUCCUGCCAAACAGCGUGUGCAUAGUUGCACCAACGAGGAGUAUACCUCCAACAAUCCAGUAACCAGCGGCUCCAACUAUCCGGAGAAGCGUUGCCGUGAGGGACAGGCGGCUACCGCGUUCUUAUGGUUUUUGUGGUUUACCUUCUUACUGUCCACCCUAUAUUCCCUCUGGCGCGUGAAGGAGCGCUUUUCUGGGGGUGGGAGUGGCGGAGGCCGCACCAGCCAGCGUGGCUCGCCCAACCGUCCUCAAGCGCCAACAAUGUCCCAAGUAUAA